AUGAAGGAACAAAACAAGCACACAUGUAAAAUAUCUCCCAGCGUUAUCAAAGUUAUGAUUAUACUGAAGUCUUUCGAGUUAUUUGUAGUUAGUUUUAGUCUUAUCGGCUACAUAGUUGUCACUACAGCAAGACAAGACUGUACGUGGAACGACGUUUUUAUGGCGCUGACCUUGGGAGCAUGUUUCGUCGGUUUUGCCAUCUCUUUGCAUCCACGAAUUAGACCAAACCUUCAUCCAGCGGUUAUUUUUUUGCCAUGCGCAGUGGUAACUUUUCUCUCGGUUUUAGUCAUGGUUAUGGCGCUUUCGGCGCAAGACAAUCCCGGAUGUAACUUUGAAGCAUCCCUGCUCUCCGCAAAGAAUCUUCCAAUUGGCGUAAACUGGAGAAUUAUUGUAGCCACCUUAACUACGCACACGGUACUGUUCUAUGAGUGCUUACGAAAUAAAGAAAGUUCUUUUACGUUUGGACUUCUUAGGGGCGUAAGUUUUACAAACGAAACGCAUCAAGGAACAAAUUGUCAAACGAAGAACGAUGCUGAGUCAGAAUACAGCUAUCCUGCAUUUCACUUUCUAAUGUUUACUGCGUCUUUGUAUAUGCUAACAACUAUGACAAACUGGUACGGACCGGUCAUUAACCAGUUUUCAAGGAGUGACCAUCCCGUGCGCGUACUCACUGGGCUCAAGUUUCAUUGGAAACCAGCUCAAAUAGUAACCAUGGUAAUGUGUUUCCUUCCUAUUUUGCUGUACAUUUGCUUGAUGCUCUACGCCAUAAUGGCAAAGGACUCAAUCACCAUGCAUAGUCAAACGCAGUAUUCUAGUGUGGCGCAGGAAAAAAAUUUUAGAAAUCAGAAUUGUCCUCCUGCCGACGAGAAGUACCACGACAGAAGCCAUAAAGACGUCUCCAAGGAGAAGGAUUUUUAUAUCAGUGAAGUUGAUUUUUCGGUGGCUUGUAAGAUGCUGAAAUCUGACUUUCAAGGCGAGAAAGAAGAUUUUCACGCUUCACAUAUUCCGCACGCGGACGAAUUGGCAGUUCAAUGCAAGACAAUAAGAGAGACUUCUAUGAUUCUUUACCAUUUUCCAAGAGAGAUUUCUCAGUCUUGCUACGGCGGGAGAAAUGGAAGCAACGCCUGCACUAUAAUCGCUGUAUUGAUUGCGCGGGCGUUUUGUUGUAGUGAUAUUACAGUGCCCGCCAUCGGCUUAUCACGAAAACUCGAGCAACGGACUGGGGAUGAGUGCAAUGCGCGAGCAACUGAGUCUUGGAAGCGACCGAGUGGAGAGGAGUCACGUGACAGAGAAUCUCUACAGACAGGAAACCUGAGCGAGGAUUGGAUUAAUUUACUUAGCAGCUGUAUUGCCGAAGGGAACCGAUUAUACGACAAGCUUGUAAACUCUAAACAGCAAGGCGUGAUUUAUCUCUCAGUGGAGGAUGUAUCAGAAGAGUUUGGAAGUGCGUUGCAGAUUAAAAACCUCGGCAGCUCGCUGCCAGUAAGUUUCAUCUCGGAAACGGAGACGGCUACGGUUCUUUUUCAGCUUGAAAGAUUACGGAGACUUGACGAACGACGACAAGCUGUAAUAUUCAUCAAAGAUUAUAGAACAGGGGUAUUUCUAUUCGAGAAAGACGGCCCCGUGCUAUUUGUUGAUUCUCAUCGUUAUGGUUCAGGAGGGGCAGUGAUUAUUUGCGCAUGCGUAGUUAAUGAAUUGGUUCUUCUGUUGGCAGAGAUAAUGCAUUUGGCUUCGUUGGAAAGUCUUGGUACACUGACGCAGGUAUAUUUUAGCUAG